AUGGAUAAUAACACGGUCAGUGCCAACACUCAAUGCAAAGCUGAACCAACGAAAAGCUCUCAACCAGCCACACCAGCGAACAUCACCCGCGGCAGGGAUUAUCGUGAAAUCAAGGAAUUGGUCCAGCCAGAGCGUCGUGAUGACGGCAUCCAGUUGAAGCCACCAACCCAAUCCCGAACCGUACGGGGUAGUUACUAG